AUGGCAGCAGCAGCGCCUACCUUUCAUAUCACUACUCCUCCGCCCUUCACACUCGCUGCUCCGAAACACCAAUUCGCCACCAAUCUCCGCUCGCUUCACCCCCUAAACCUCCGUGGCCGCCUCCGUUACACCACCACCUGCUCUUACAAAGUUGCAAUCGAGCACGAAGGUGAAACGACUGAACUAGAGGUGGAUCCAGAUGAGACGAUACUGGAAAAGGCAUUGGAUUCUGGAAUGUCCGUACCCCAUGAUUGCAAGCUGGGAGUUUGUAUGACUUGUCCGGCGAAACUGCUUAGUGGAAGCGUGGAUCAGAGUGAGGGGAUGUUGAGCGACGAUGUGAUUGAGCGUGGCUACUCGUUGCUUUGUGUAUCGUAUCCCAAAUCGGAUUGUCAUAUCAAAAUCAUCCCUGAAGAAGAGCUCUUGUCUUUGCAGUUAGCUACUGCCGAUGAUUAG